UCCUUCUCAAGGAGCGACGUUGAUUGGCCAGCCAUACCCGGCGGAGUUAUGCGAUUGGCUGUUCGAUGAGACGGUGUUCUGAGGGGAAAAAAUGAGCUGGAGGCUGCUGAGGUGAAGGAGAAAAGAGCCGCGCCGGCUCUAUUUUUUAAAAGGUCAAAAUGUUCCAUUGUCUAGUUCUUCUCUAUCAAUAACAUAGUAUGUGACAACAAGCUUGCAAAUGGACAAUAAACAAUUUUAACAGUGUUAUUAUGGAACAUCUGCAUCACAGCAAAUUUCGGUGGUUCAUUACCAGUUUGAAAAGGUGCUCUAUUGUUCUAGAUGAUCUACUGGACUACUUGCCUGUUUAGAGUGAUGUUAGAACAAGUGGGGUUGACUAUGGAUUUGCUUUGGUCAAGUAAGCCUUACGGCCCAAAUAGAAGUAUUGUAAGGAAAAUAGGCACCAACCUCUCACUGAUACAGUGCCCAAGGGUUCAGUUUCAGCUUACUUCUCAAUGUUCAGAAGGCAGCCAUUUUAAGCAACCAAGAGAAGAUGGAUUAGUUUCUCUUGCUGAUGUAGGAUGGGUUGCUGAAGAGGAAGGUGAAGUCUGUACUCGGCUCAGAUCAGAAAUACGGCCCAAAUCCCAAUUGUUCUGUAAAAAUGAAGACUGUUCAGGAAGAAACUCAAAUGAGCAAAUAUCAAAAAAGUCCCAGGAUAAAGAAGACUCCAAUUCUGCCAUGGCUACAAAUGAUAAAGCUUUGCAGAAGAUCAGUGAAUUAGAAAAUGAACUUGCUAGCUUAAGAGCACAAAUAGCCAAAAUUGUAAGCUUGCAAGAAAAACAAAAUUUGGUGGCAGCCGGGAUCGAUUCUGCUGCAUCAGCUUAUACCUCAGCAUUGCCAUCACCAUCACCACCACCACCGCCACCACCCCCUCCACCUCCUCUGCCACCCCCACCACCGUUUCAGCAGAGUACCAAUGCCAUUGACCUUAUUAAGGAACGCAAAGGGAAAAGAAUGAAAUCUGGUCAGACUUUACUGGAUAAUGAGCCAAAGAAGCCUGAAAUACCAAAUAUGCUAGACAUCCUCAAAGAUAUGAACAAUGUAAAACUGCGAUCAGUGAAAAGGCCAGAUGAAAGCACAAAAAGAAAAACUGACCCAACUGAUCCUGCAGCAGUAAUAGCUGAAGCUCUUAAGAAAAAAUUUGCAUAUAGGUACCGUAAUGACAGCUCAAAUAAAAAUGAAAAACAGACCACAGCCUCUGAAGCUAGGCCGUUUGGGCCACACAUGCUGAAGUCUACAGGAAAAAUGAAGACUUUGCUUGACUAGUGAAGUGUUAAGCUGAAGAAAUUUACUGCACUUCAAAAGGACUUUUUCAGGAAAUCAGUUCUUUUAUAUCUGUGAACCUGAACUGAUACGUACCUCUGGCUUCCACUAGUAUUCGUUCUAAGAUAAAGCUAAAAGCUCUGGUAUAACAAGCAUGAAACAAUAUGUUGAGUUUAUUAACACUAAUUUAUCUGUACCGGUGUCUUACAAAAUGACAUCCUUACACUUUUCUAAACACGGUGUCAUACUAUUUAUAGUUCCAGUGAAGUGGCUGGAAUGAUCUAAGACAAGUCUUCUGCACUUCAUUUUAGCUUCUUGGACUCUUUUCACUUGCAACUGCUCUAGCUACGCUGUUAUUCACUAUGAAUGAGACAGAUUUCAGUAUAUUAUUUAUUGCUCAUCAAUACAGGCUCCAACACUUAGUAUGUUUAACCAAGUGAGCUUUCAAUGAAGCAUCUUGCUUCAAUACAGGCUGCUUUGGCAACAUGCUUAUAAGCAGUAAAAUAGCUAAAGUAUAGGAUGAAGAAUAGUAAUGGCAACUUCCUUUCAGAAUGGUUAUGGUGUUACAGGAGAUCUAAAACGCUGCACAAUAUACAUUAGCAAAAUAUGGGAGACUAGGGCAGAUGAGUUUACCAGUGGAUGUAAUGUAUGCUAAACUUUGCAAAGGUACUUGAAAUGAGACUAAAGAUGACGAUAACAUAAGAUUGUAUUUUGUUCUUCCAUUUAAUGUGAGAAACCAAGGUGCUACUCAACUCAUCCUUGAUUUCUUACCAGUUUCAUCCAGCACUCUUUCUCCGUUGUUGCCAGACAUCAGGAAGGGAUUGAGCUCUAAUGAGAAUGUAAAGAGAGGGAAUGCCAUCUACUCCCUUAGUUUUAAAAAUCACUUAAGUGGCAGGUAAUUUUAGCUUCAAAACUGCACAUAAUAUUGUGCCAUACUUUGCACCAGAAAUUUUUUUUUAUAUAUGCAGCAUUUCUAGGAGCAGCUAGACUAAUACUUGUUUGAACUGCUGCCCAGUAUAGUAGGAAAAAAGAUCAGAAAAGUAUUCAAUGUUGGAAGAAGAAAAAUACUGCUUUCAGAAGAGAGAUAUUUUCAAAAUGCAACUCCUCUCAAGGCCUCCUAGUUUGUACUUUUCAACAUUUGUAUUUAGAAAUAUGUUACUUAAAUGGCUCAAAGUAUGUGGAAAAAUUGACAGGACAUUGCUAUUAACACUUAAGUGCUGUAAUGUUCCUCAAAUAUUUUAAAGCAUUCAUUUCAAAGUGUUUUAUAAAAGACGGCUUUAUGAACUAUUUCCAGUUGGAUCAUGAAAAAAGUUUAUAAUCUUGUGACUAAUAAAAAGAUUUAAGUUGA